AUGGAAAUUGAUAGUGAUAAAAUAACAAAAUUAUUCUUCAAAAUUUGGAGGAAUACAGUAAUAAAGAAGAAUAUUAUUCAUUUUUUAAGAUUAUUUAAAGUAUUUUAUAAUAUAAUAAUAAAUGAAUUUGAAGAUGCAACUUAUACAUCAGAGAAUCAAGAAUUUUUUAGAAGAAUGAGAAUUUCAAUUGAUGAAACAAAUAUGAAAAACAAAGAGUUUGAUAUUGAAGUACCAUUAAGAAAUUUACCAAAUAAUAUUGAUUCUAUAAUAUUAUAUCAAGAACUAUAUAAAAAUACAAAUUUCUUAAAUAAAUCAUUAACAACAACAAAAAUUAUUAAUAAUGAUAAAAUUAAAUCUUUAAUACUUCAUGAUGGUUUUAAUAAUCGAAUUACUAUUGAAAAUUUUUCAAUAUUUUCAAAUUUAGUAAAUUUAGAAUUUGGUGAAAAAUUUAAUGAAAUAAUAAAUGAUGGAGUUUUACCCAGCACAUUAUUAAGAAUUAAAUUUAAUGAUUUAUUCAAUCAAUUGGUAAAUAAAGAUAAUUUACCUAAUUCAUUAGAAUCAAUUUCAUUUGGUAAUUGUUUUAAUAGAGAUAUUAAUAAUUUACCCGAGUCUAUUAAAGUUUUAAAAUUACCAGAGGUUUCAGAAUUUUCACAAAUUAUAAUUUCAAAAAAGUUACCAAAAUCAUUAACAUAUCUAUCAUUACCAUCAACAUUUAAUGAUAGUAAUUUAAUUGAUGAAAUGUUACCAAAUUCAAUUAAAAAAUUAAAAUCACCAAAUAUUGUAAAUCGAUCAUUUAUUAAAAAUAAACAAUCGAAUUAUUUAAAAUUAAAAGUGUUUGAACCAACUGGUAAUCUAAUGUCAAAUACAGAAUUUUUAAAAUUUUUAAAAUUUUCACAUUUUGAAUCAAUUACAACUUAUGAUUUUUCAAAUCAUGUUGAAAAUAUUUGUGAUGAUAAUGAUGUUUAUCGUGAUGUUCCAUUUGAAACAAAAAAUAUUUAUCAUUACCAAGAUGAUGAAAGUUAUAAAAUCAUAAUACCACCAUCAGUAACAAGUUUAACUUUAUAUUUUUGUUUGGGUUAUCAUGAAAUUGAAUUUAUACCAUCAAUUAUACAUUCAAUUGAUUUUAGUCUUAAAAGAUUACAAAAAACAUAUUCAUAUUCAACUACAAUGGUAAAAUCACCUUCAACUCUUUUUGAUAAGUUUAAUGAAAUUACUUCACUCAAAUUUGACAAAUCAAAUAAUUAUUUCCUUUUUGAUAAUUAUUUAGGAAAAUCACUCUCAAAUUUAUUAUAUUUAGAUAUAUCUAAUUUCAAUUUUUCAAAUUAUGGUAAACCUAUUAAAAACUUUAAUAAAACUUUCCCAAUUUUAAAAACCCUUAGAAUUGGUAAUUAUAAUUCAUCUUUUAACAAGGAUACAUUACCUUCAACUUUAGAGGUAUUAGAAUUGGGUGAAGACAUUGUUCAAAGAGUUAAUGAAAAAUGGUUACCAAAAUCAAUUAAACAUUUAAUUUUAAAAGGUUCAACACCAAUUUCUAUAAAUAAUUUACCAACUACUUUAAUUACAAUUUGGAUUAAAGAUGAUCAUCAUCAGUUAUAUCAAUUUCAUAAUAUUAUUCCAAUUUUAGAUAAAUUAAUAAUUAUAACAGAAUUUGAAAUUAAAAAUGUAUUUAAAAGAUUAUUAAAAAAAUUAAAUUAUAAUUAUUAA